GUUUCCACCACUUCUAGGAAUUUUUAGUCUCAUACGAUACAUUGCUUAUUGAGGUUUAAUAAAAAUAAACCUAACCUUAAAAAGAACCUGCAGCGGACAAAUUUAAAAAUUGACAAUACCCCAUCAAACAAAACUAUUUAUGCGGAAUAUAAAUAAAAAUGAAUUUUGGUUCAAUUCCAAAUGAUUAGUUAUGUUAUUUAUUAGAAGCACUAUUUUAUUUUUAAUCAACGCGGUCACUUUGAGGCCAGUAAUUAAAUUCUUUUUUAGGAUAUCUUCUCUUGAAUAAUAAAUACAUGAGAAGGGAUAUAUGAAGGUUUAUUCCAAUCAUCCUUUACAAUAUAUAGCUUUGUGUUAGUAUUAUUAUUAAUAGCUAUAACAUUCUUAAUAAAUAUUUACCCCAGACGUUUACAAGAACCAAUGGGACUGACAUUAAAUAAAAUAUCUUAUUUAGUUUUAACCAAUAUAUUAAUUAUUCUUUUAGGGUCUUUAUUGGUUAUAUUUUGGGUUAAUAGCUUUGCCUACGAUCCUUCUUUAUUCUCUUUGCUUGUACCUAUUUUAAGUCCUAUUAAGAGUUACACAAAUAUCCUAGAAAAUAAAAAUAAAGCGGGUGUUUAUAUGUGAGAAAACUCAAUUAAUAAGAAAAUUUAUAUAGGUUCUGCAGUAGAUCUCUCAAAUAGGCUUUCUUCUUAUUAUUCUACAACUUAUAUGGAGGAUGCGUUAAAAAGAGGUCUUAGUCAUAUCUACUAGAAAUCU